GGGAGAGUCUGGUGGGGUCUCCCCCUCUUCGUCGCGGCUCCGAAGCGGCGGCGGCCAUGGAGUUCCCCGGGGGAAAUGAGAAUUACCUGGCUAUCACGGGGACGACCCACCCUUUCCUGUCGGGGGCUGAGACUUUCCACACGCCAAGUCUGGGCGACGAAGAGUUUGAGAUUCCACCCAUCGCGCUGGACGCUGACCCUUCCUUGGCUGUUUCCGAUGUGGUUGGGCACUUUGAGGACUUGGGUGACCCCGUGACUGCCCCCGAUGCCACUUUCUCGGCCCAGUAUGGGGUUCAGGCCCUUGACAUACCUGUGGGCAUUAGCCAUGGCCUUAUGGAGCAAGGGGGCGGGCUGCUCAGCGGUGGGCUAACCAUGGAUUUGGAUCACCCCAUGGGAACCCAGUACAGCGCCAAUCCACCUGUCACCAUUGACGUGCCUAUGACAGACAUCAGCACUGGCCUCAUGGGGCAUGGGCAGCUGACCACCAUCGACCAAUCAGAGCUGAGCUCUCAGCUGGGACUCAGCCUGGGAGGAACUUCGAUCCUGCCUCCCACGGCCCAAUCUCCCGAGGAGCGGCUUACACCCGCCCCUUCACCCGCCAAUUCUCUGCAGGAGGAGGAGCCAGAAGAAAUCAGGCGGGUUACACCCGCGGUUGUGCUGGAGAUCGGGAAGAAGCAGAAACCACCCAAGAAGCAGAAAAAAAAGAAAGAUCCCAAUGAGCCCCAGAAACCCGUUUCUGCCUACGCCCUCUUUUUUCGGGACACCCAGGCGGCCAUUAAGGGGCAGAAUCCCAAAGCCACCUUCGGCGAGGUCUCCAAGAUUGUCGCCUCGAUGUGGGACAGCUUGGGAGAGGAACAGAAGCAAGUCUACAAGCGGAAAACGGAAGCCGCCAAGAAAGAAUAUUUGAAAGCGCUAGCUGCCUAUCGGGACAACCAAGAGUGCCAAACCACGGUUGAGACGGUGGAUCUGGACCCGAUCGCCUCUCCUUCAGAGCCGCCGGCCCCCGUUGUGGAAUCGGCUUCUCCCCCGGUGGCCCCGGUGCCAGCCAAUCCUCCGGCCCUGGAGAGCCCACCUCCUCCUCCUCCACCUCCUCCUCCUCCCGCGGUCGUCCCCACCCAGCCCACGGUGGUGGUGACCUCCAGCGCCGGCCCCCAGUCGGCCGGCCAAACCAGCAUCACCAAGAUCAUCAUUCCCAAACAGAUGCUGCCGUCCUCGCUGGCGGUCACGUCGCAAGGCGGGGUGGUGACGGUCAUACCCGCCACGAUGGUGACCUCGCGGGGGAUCCAGCUGGGGCAGCUGCAGGCUGGGACAGGGACCACCCAGAUCGUCACGCGCUCGGUUUUAGCUGCGGCCGCCGCAGCCGCUUCGUCCAUGCACCUGCCGCGGCUGCAGCCUCCCCCUCUUCAGCAGAUGCCUCAGCAGCCCCCCGCCCAGCCGGUCACCAUUCUCCAGCAGCCCCCCCCUCUUCAGGCCAUGCAGCAGCCGCCCCUGCAGCAGAAGGUGCGCCUCAACCUCCAGCAGCCCCCGCCCCCCCUGCAGAUCAAAAUCCUGCCCCCGCCGGCCCUUCAGAUCCAGCCCAUUGCCCUGCGGACGGAAGACAACAGCCCCGAGAGGCUCGGUGCUGAGCUCCAAGCAUCUCCGGAGCCCAUCGACGUCGUGCCAGAGGUCGAAUCUCCAACGCAAAUGCACGUCGAGCUAGUCUCCGAAUCACCCAUGGCCAUGUCGCCCCGCCCUCGCUGCAUCCGUGUGGGCUGUGACAACCCUCCGGUGGCCAACAGCGACUGGGACAACGAAUAUUGUAGCAACGAGUGCGUGGUUAAACACUGCAGGGAUGUGUUCCUAGCUUGGCUGGCUUCCCGCAAUUCCAACAACAACGUGGUCUUUGUGAAAUAACCCCGCUCCUCCCCCAGUCCGUAACAACAGUGCUGGGGAAGGA